AAAAAACGUGGUUUCUUUCUUUUUACGUGAGUCAUAAGGCCCAGCAGUUGAAGCUGGUCAAAUCCAUCUUGAGGCCCUGAGAUGUGCUGACGGGUGCAAUCCAAACAUCUUGGAGGGUUUAUUAAGUGGGCCAGUUGCCAUAGCGACGCUUUGGCAAGAUAUUGCCAGGAUAAGGCAUAAUGGGUCUCCUGACGCAAUUCACUCUGCUCCUGUGGAAGAACUUCACUCUCCGGAAGAGACAAAAGGUGCGACUGGUCAUUGAAAUGAUAUGGCCUCUUUUUCUCUUCUUCAUACUGGUGGGUGUGCGGUCCACCAAUAAGCCAGUUCACAAAGGCCAAUGUCACUACCCUAAUAAGGCCAUGCCAUCAGCUGGUGUGCUGCCCUGGAUUCAAGGUAUGAUCUGUAACAUCAACAAUCCCUGUUUGAGUUACCCGACGCCUGGGGAGACACCAGGCCAGGUCAACAACUUCAACAAGUCCAUAAUUGCUGGAGUGUUGAUAGAGCUGCAAACCCUCCUGGUGAACAGAUCUAUCCUCAGCAAGGCACAGUUGCUGGCAGACGACAUCAACCAGUGGGCUUCAGUCUUGUCACAGUCUAACCCUGGUAAUGCUCAACCAGUGGCCCUGAGGAGUAUUCUAAGAGACGAUGAAACUUUCUCCACACAUCUGACAGAGAAUUUGUCAGUGCCAGCAACAGUCACUCAAAGCCUCAUAAAUGCGAAGGUUUACGUCAAUCCGAUGAUGGGCGUUCCACGGCCUGGCAACCUCAGGAAGAUCCUAUGUGAGGGGACAGAUCUGGAUGAGUAUGUCCAAUUUAGCAGCCAAGCUGAAAAGGAGGCUUUUCAAAAUGUCAGCUGCUCCCUCACUCCCCAGCAGCUGAUUAACACCCAGCAAGUACUCCUGCAGAACCUGGAUGUGAGGAAAGUGCUGUCGGAGUUGCCUUCACUUUUGGAUCUGAAUGCAGCAGACACCACGGCACUCAUGGGGAAAACCACUCAAAAUGCAUUACCAGUGAUUGAGGAGAUUGCCAGAUUGCAGAACUCCACAAUCUUCAAGGCUGCACGUUCAUUGGAUUUCCAAGAGGACAUGAUUGGCAGUGUCAAUAUGCUACUGUGUGGAAAACAGCCUGACUUCAAUUCCACCAAUGUGACUCUCAGUUUAGACUCACCUGGACAGAUGCCUAACAACAAGUCAAUCUUCAUCAUGGGCAACAGUUCCGAUACGUUUUGUCAGACCUUAGUCGACACCCUGGAGGGCACACCUGGUCUGCGCAACAUUUGGAGCACCUUCAAGCCGUUAGUGCUUGGCAAAGUCCUCUACACACCUGAUAUACCUGCUGCUCGCCUCAUUGUGAAGGAAGCAAAUAGCACAUUCAAUGCCUUGGCUAUGUUAAAGGAGCUCGCUGAUUUGUGGGAUGAACUUGGGCCACGUGUCUGGGAUUUCCUCCAAAAUAGUCCUCAAGUGAAUGCAAUACGGGCUUUGCUGGCGAACCCAGUGUUUGCUGCUGCCCUCAACCAGCGUCUCAACGGCACAGGAUGGACGGCCGAGCAGCUGGCCAACUUCCUCUACAAUGGGCCUCCUGAGGACCGUCCACCCGGCAUGCCGCCCUACGACUGGCGGGAUGUUUACAACACCACUACACAGAUCCUGAAGCUUCUCUCCAACUUCCUUGGUUGUUUAGACCUGAAUAAGUUUGAGGCAGCCCCCACUGAAGCCCAUCUGGUGAGCAAAGCACUGGAGCUUCUGAAGAAUGAUACGUACUGGGCCAGUGUUGUCUUUGGAAACCUCCAGCCCGACGCCAGCCAACCCACUCCUUAUGUCGAGUACAAAAUCCGCAUGGACAUCGAUGAAGUUGAGCGUACAAACAAAGUGAAAGACAGGUUAUGGUCUCCUGGGGCCCGAGACAAAUCCUUUAACGACCUGCGCUAUAUAUGGGGAGGCUUCGCCUACCUGCAGGAUAUGAUGGACCAUGGCAUUAUACGAGUGCAAACGUCAAAGACCCAACCCCUCGGUGUUUUUGUCCAGCAAAUGCCAUACCCUUGUUUCGUGGAUGACGUCUUCAUCCAGAGUAUUGGAGGCAUCCUCCCUAUGUUCCUGGUGCUGGCCUUCAUGUACACUGUGUGCAUGACCAUCAAAGGUCUGGUGCUGGAGAAGGAACUGCGGCUCAAGGAAGUGCUGCGUGCUCUUGGCAUUCAGAACGGCGCCCUUUGGUCUUCAAGGUUCACAGAGAACAUUGUUCUGCUCACAGUUCCGUGUUUACUUAUAAGUGUCAGUGUUAAGUAUGGGAAUGUGCUGCAGUACAGUGACCCCUCAGUAAUCUUUGUCUUCCUGCUGGUGUUCUGUGUGGCCACCAUCACUCAGUGCUUCUUCAUUAGCGUCUUCUUCUCUAAGGCCAACUUAGCAGCAGCGUGCGGUGGCUUCAUCUACUUUGUCCUCUAUCUGCCGCACAUCCUCUGCUACGCCUGGAGGGACGUCAUGGGUUUCGGGGCCAAGGUUGCUGUGAGUUUACUGUCUUGUGUGGCCUUUGGCUACGGCUGUGAGAACUUUUCCAAGUACGAGGAGCAAGGCAUUGGUAUUCAGUGGUACAACAUUGGCAAGAGUCCAGAAGAGGGCGAACGCUACACGUUCAUUGUGUCCAUCAUCAUGAUGCUCUUUGAUGCUGUUUUUUACUGGACGCUCACCUGGUACAUUGAGAAUGUCUUUCCAGGCCAAUAUGGAAUCCCUAAGCCAUGGUACUUUCCUUUCACUGCAUCUUAUUGGUGUGGGAGAGCUUCAGUGACUGACGUUGACCCUGGUUUGCUGAAGGACUCCAGAGUACAUAAUGAAUAUCUGGAGAAGCCACCACCCAAUAUGAAAGCGGGGGUCUCAAUCCGCAAUCUUGUCAAAAUUUACAAGACCGGAAAGAAGCUUGCUGUGGAUGGACUAAGCUUGGACUUCUACGAGAAUCAGAUCACAUCUUUUCUUGGCCACAAUGGAGCUGGAAAAACAACCACAAUGUCAAUUCUGACAGGACUGUUCCCGCCUACAUCAGGCACGGCCCUCAUCAAUGGAUAUGACAUCCACACUGACAUGGACAGAAUCCGGAAGUAUUUGGGAAUGUGCCCACAGCACAAUGUCUUAUUUAAUGAGCUGACAGUGGAGGAGCACAUCUACUUCUACGCUCGGCUGAAAGGACUCAACCGUGAUGAGGUGAAAAUUGAGAUGGACCAGAUGAUUAAGGAUGUUGGUUUACCACAUAAGCGGAAGGAUCUUGCUAAGAACCUGUCAGGUGGCAUGCAGAGGAAGCUGUCCGUGGCUAUAGCAUUUGUUGGCGGCUCAAAAAUCGUCAUCUUAGAUGAACCUACAGCAGGAGUGGACCCCUAUGCCCGCAGGGGUAUAUGGGAACUGCUGUUAAAGUACAAACAAGGUCGCACCAUCAUUUUGUCCACUCAUCACAUGGAUGAGGCAGACAUCUUAGGUGAUCGCAUAGCCAUCAUCUCCCACGGCAAGAUGCGCUGCUCUGGCUCCUCACUCUUCCUAAAGAAAUGUUUUGGCAGCGGCUACUACCUCACUCUGGUCCGAGAUGGGACUGAAAAGAUGACAACUCAGCGCCAUGGUAUUAUACACAGCCAGGCCACAGAGGAGAAAGACUGUCCGUCGAGGAGCAGCCCAGAUGAUGGCAUUGGCAGCCAGAGCUGGAACAACUCUGAUCCCUCAGAUUUGACAGCUGUGGGUCAGCUUGUGCGACGCCAUGUCCCUGAGGCAGUCUUCUUGGAGAGCAUUGGUCAGGAGAUCAACUACAUACUGCCCUAUGGUGGGGCCAGAGAUGGGACCUUUGAGCUGCUCUUCCAAGAACUCGACCUGGCCAUGGCUGACCUCGGCCUGACCAGCUACGGCAUCUCUGACACCACGCUGGAGGAGAUAUUUCUGAAGGUGGCAGAAGAUACCGGAGUGGACACAGAAAUACAAACAACAAAGGAGCCGCUGGAGAGAGACUGCAAGAGAAACUCCCACGAAUCCAAGCGGAACAGCAUCGCCAGCGUCCACGCUGCACCAGGUCAAGUCUCUGGAAUGAGUGACAAAAAGGAAAGAUUUAAAAGAAAAGUGGAAGACUUAAAGAGGAACGCCAGUGUCAGUGGGAGGGGAUCCACGGUCAUCACCGGGUGGCAGCUGAUCAGGAAGCAGUUCCUGGCGCUCUUUAUCAAGCGCUUCCACCACGCCCGGAGGAGCCGCAAGGGACUCAUUGCCCAGGUGGUCUUGCCGGCCGUUUUUGUGUGCCUGUCUCUCAUCUUCUCACUCAUCGUCCCGCCUUUCACUGAAUAUCCCAAUCUGGAGCUGCAGCCCUGGAUGUAUGAUCUGCCUCAGACCACAUUUUACAGCAAUGAUGGGCCAGAUAAUGUGGAGGUGUCUCGGGUGGUGGAAACCUUGGUGAACAACCCUGGCUUUGGGACCCGCUGCAUGGACGGAAACCCGAUACCGAAGUUACCAUGUUCCUCCGCUGGAUCAGAUUGGUUCACUCCAUCCGUAGAUCAGUCAGUCACAGACAUCUUCCUCAACGGGAACUGGAGCAUGUCUAAUCCCUCCCCCUCCUGUCAGUGCAGCACGUCUAAACGGACGAUCAUGUUACCUGACUGUCCGCCUGGUGCGGGAGGGCUCCCACCACCUCAGAGGAUCCAGAACACAACAGACACAUUGCUGAAUUUAACUGGACGGAACAUGACAGACUUCUUGGUCAAAACUUUUGAACACUCUGGUAAAACAAGGUACGGGGGGAUCUCUGUCGGAGCGGUCAACUCCCAAGUCCGUCUAACUGAAGGAGCGAUCGAAGCUGUAUUCAGGGACCUCAAAGACCUCUUCAGUUCAUUUCAAGAUAAUGUGACUGAUCAGAUCUUACAGAAGUCGGAGACGCUGCUGAAGAAACUGGGAACCAGGGACAACGUAAAGGUGUGGUUCUACAACCAGGCAUGGCACGGCAUGGUGUCUUUCCUCAGUGUUGCCAACAACGCCAUCCUGAGGGGAAAUCUGCCACCAGGGCAGAAUCCCCGCCAGUACGGCAUCUCCGUGUCCAAUCACCCCCUCAACCUCACCAAGGAGCAGCUCUCCUAUGCGGCCAUGGCCACAACCUCCACUGACGUGGUGGUGUCCAUCUGCGUUAUCUUUGCCAUGUCCUUCAUCCCUGCCAGCUUUGUCCUCUUCCUCAUCCAAGAGCGGGUGAACAAAGCCAAGCAUCUGCAAUUUGUCAGUGGAGUAAACCCAGCUGUAUACUGGUUGGCCAAUUUUGCCUGGGACAUGUGUAACUACAUCAUCCCAUGCUUGAUUGUGAUUGUGAUCUUCCUCUGCUUCCAACAAAAAGCAUAUGUUUCCCCUCCCAACCUGCCUGCUCUGAUUCUGCUGCUUAUUCUGUAUGGGUGGUCCAUCACCCCCAUGAUGUAUCCCGCCUCCUUCAUCUUCAGUGUGCCCAGCACAGCCUACGUGGUUCUGACCUGCAUCAACCUCUUUAUUGGCAUCAACGGUAGCGUGGCCACCUUUGUUAUGGAGCUCUUUGACGAUGAUAAUGUGUCCCGCAUCAACAAUAUCGUGAAGCAGGUGCUGCUGAUAUUCCCACAUUUCUGUCUGGGCAGAGGGCUUAUUGACAUGGCCCAGAACCAGGCAAUAGCCACCCUCUUCAGCAGUUUUGGGGAGGACCGUUUCAAGGAUCCACUCAGCUGGGAAAUGGUGGGAAAGAACCUUUUCGCCAUGUCCAUCCAGGGAGUUGUCAUGUUUGUCAUCACAAUCCUCAUCCAGUAUAAGUUCUUCUGCAAACCAAGGCUUAUUUUAGGGAAGUCAUUAUCUGCGGAGGAGGAGGAUAUCGAUGUUGCCCGUGAACGUGACCGAGUGUAUGAAGGCAAAGCUGAGAAUGACCUUCUGAGGAUCUGUGACCUCACUAAGGUUUACCCUCGGAAGAGCACCCCUGCUGUGGACAAGCUAUGUGUGGGCGUACCUGCCGCAGAGUGUUUUGGCUUGCUGGGAAUCAAUGGGGCUGGGAAAACCACCACAUUCAAGAUGCUGACAGGAGACAUCCCGGUCUCUAGUGGAGAGGCCUUCCUAAAUGGAUACAGCAUACGAACAGAAAUGAGGGAUGUGCACCAGAACAUGGGCUAUUGCCCCCAGUUUGAUGCUAUCAAUGACCUGCUUACUGGACGAGAACAUCUGGAGUUUUACGCCAGGUUACGGGGGGUACCUGAAAACGAGGUCACCAUGGUGGCCGAGUGGGGGAUCCAAAAGUUGGGGCUGGUCAAAUAUUCCAACAAAUCCGCGGGAACCUACAGCGGUGGGAACAAACGUAAACUCUCCACUGCUAUAGCCCUGAUCGGUUGUCCUCCAGUGAUCUUUCUGGAUGAGCCAACCACUGGGAUGGACCCCAAGGCCCGGCGCUUCCUGUGGGACUGCAUCCUCAGUGUCAUCAGGAAGGGACGUUCAGUCAUCCUCACAUCACACAGUAUGGAGGAGUGUGAAGCACUGUGCACACGCAUGGCCAUCAUGGUAAACGGUCGCUUCAAGUGUCUCGGGAGCAUCCAGCAUCUGAAGAGCAGAUUUGGUGAUGGCUACACAGUGAUCGUGAGGGUUGGUGGCUCUCCUCCUGCCUUGGGGCCAGUCGAGGACUUUGUCCAGCAGACCUUCCCAGGCAGUGUCCUGAAGGAGAAGCAUCACAACACGCUGCAGUAUCAGCUGCCAUACACACAGGGAGCUUUGUCCACCAUCUUCAGCCAGUUCACCAGCCAUCAGCACAGGCUGGGUGUGGAGGACUACUCUGUGUCCCAGACAACUCUGGAUCAGGUUUUUGUGAAUUUUGCGAGGCACCAGCACGGAGAAGAAGACUCUCAGGCCUACGACAACCUGGUGGACACUUCUGAUGAGAAGCCACUGCAGUCUGUGAAGACCUCCCAAGAAGGAGAGAAGUUGCAGGCUCACAUCCGUCCAUCUUAUAACUCCGACCAUGGGAUGCCAGAAUUCAGACUGCGCCUCAGUGGGACUCCGAGCUCUGGGGCUUGCUGCCAGAGGCAAUCAGCCAGGUGGGAACUUCACAGAGGCGAUAAAACUGGAGUCUUAAGCAUCUCCCUGAGAUCACCGCAUCCUGCUGCGGGCCUGGCUGGGAUUCCUGUGGAAGGUUUUUCUUUAUGUUCCAGCACAGUAUGUCAUAAAUAUCAAGGUAGACGCCAUCAUUUUUUGUUAUGACAUUAUGAGCAGAAUUGAACAA